AUGGCACAGCAGGGAGCAGCGCUGCAGAACUACAACACGGAGCUGGUCAAAUGCUUCGAGGAGCUCUGCUCCAAGCGCGAUGAGCUCAACAUGCAGAUUGUGAAGCAGGAGAGAGAAAAGGUGAAGUUACAGAAUGACAUCCGCCUCCUGACCGAAAAGUUGUGCGUGGUCAAUGAGAGCCUGGCAUGUAAGCUGGCAGCCCGUAACGACUUCAACCGCACAAUCACUGAGACAGAAGCAGCCUAUAUGAAGAUACUGGAGAGCUCACAGACCCUGCUGAAUGUACUGAAGAAAGAGGCUGGGAACUUAAGGAAAAGUGCAGAUCAGCGUGGCUACAGCAAAAUGACUUUACACAGAGAAUAG